CAUCCAACUCAUCCUCCAGCUUUACGAUCCUCAAUACUCUUCUCAUCAAACCAACGCAUACAUCUGCAACCGUACCCGCCAACAUGAAGUUCAACAUUGUUUCUGUAAUCGCCUUCCUUGGUAUCGCUACAGGUGUUCAAGCUGCUUGCCGCGACGGUGACGACUUCUGCGGUGAUUGCAACGGCACCUCUUGCAAGGUCGCUGGGCUCAACUACGACUGCAAGGCUGGCACAUCGUGUGUUGGUAACGGCGGCGGUGAUGGCGCUUACUGCGGCACCACCACUGGGUACCUUCAAGGCCCCUACAACUGCCCUGUCAAGACUUGAGUGUACUCAGACAGAGCGAUGAUGUAUACAUGGGUUUUCUUUUCUGUAGAUGCGAGAACACAAUCAUUUGCAUCCGAAGAUCUUCGCGAGGAGGUUAUGCUAGCUAGCUGAUGUCACUCCUUCGAAUACAA